GCAUCCCAAGCCACGAGGCAUUCUGUUUGUGUUCCCUUGUGCUCCUUAUAGCCCCCUACUUUCAACCCACAUCCACAGAUCGUCCAAUCUCAGAGCUCUUAAAAAACUUACACCAAAUAUCGCAAAUCAAGGCUACUUGACAUGUCUGUCACCUCAGAAUCCUCCGAGACUGAUGUCUUGGAGUAUAUCAUCACCCAUAUAUUUUGUCCCAUCAAAUUGCCGCAGCACAAUGAUCAUACUCCUGAAAAAGAUCGCUCUCUCCUUGAUGUCGUGCUCGGCUCGGCUCGCAAAUUUGCGACUUCUUUGCCUAACGAUGAUCAUGAGCAGUGGAGGCCUUUGUUGAAGAUGCUGGAGAGUCUUACCGUUACAAUGAAUUUUCCUUCCCUGACCAAGGAAGUGGUCGAGUCGCAAAUUAAAUCCAUGCAAGCAGGAGAUAUUCUCGCGUAUUUGAUUCGGGAACAAAAUGCUGCUGUCGUGCUUCGUAGGCUCGACGCAAAAACCACAUUUGAAUCCUUUGAAGUUUCUCCACCAGCUCCUGCUGUGAUGGCGGCAAAGGGGAAGCUUCUGUGUUCAUAUCCAGGGCCCGCAAUUGCUGUAUCAAACUCCGUCAUGGAUAAUCCUACCUUUCCUCCCGAGUUGGCGAACUUUCUCUCCCACAUGAGCUAUGAUGUGUUGGAUCCCAUAGGCUUCCAUGGAGAGACCACACAUCCUCACUAUAUCACCCAGCUUCUCACCGACAUUCUUCGCGCAUUCGGCGAGCCCGCUGACAUUCCUCGUAUUCGAAAGCGUAUAGGCGAUGAUGUUAUAGACGAUGAUACUUCAAAUGAUGAUACCUCACAGUCCAACGUCACGCUCCCAUGGCGAAGAUCGUCCCUCUGGCUUGUCAUAAGGGUUGUAUUGCAGACAUCGCUCGAGCGCACCAGCCUUGGACGAAACGGUUACAAGGUGUUCAUGGCUUCGCUCAUGACAGACCUUGUGUCCAAAGCACUUGAAGAGGAUAUGCCGAGCGAUCUACUCUACUUCAUGUCCACUAAAAUUAGUCGGCGCUUAGUCAAGCUUCAGGCUGAAGACGGAUUCUUAGCAAUCACGAUGCACAAGGCUACUGAAGACAUCAAAAGCCGACUGGAGUUGCGCUGGAAGGAUAUCCAGGCUGUUCAGGCGGAUUCCCCUCAUUGGGAUGCCUCGGAGGUACACAUAAUCAGAGACACCAGGCUCUCUUUGACCGAGAGCGAGGAGUACAUCACUGCUGCCUUACAUCCUACCAGCGUCCAAUCCGACGUGUCAGACUUUAAACCUCCUCAUUGCAAACGGGGCACUAUACACGACUUCCUUGGUCCUGACACCAACUUCUUCGAGAGCGCUUAUACCAAAGACCCCUUUUUAGCGCUCUUUGAUUUCGAAUAUGCCAUCGAGCGAGACAUUGAUGGCUGGGUGAAUCGUGUCAUGAACCUCGAUGCUACUUGCAUUGAUGCCGCUUGCAUGACCAUUCAAGCGCGCGCUGCAAGUUAUUCUGCCAGUGCGCAACUAUCUUAUUCCAAAAAUCCUGAGAAUAUAUCCAUCAUGCUACUCACGCGGUUCGAACUCUGGGUCGCGCUUGACAAGCUGGUUGUGAAGUCAAUCCCUCUCCUCAUGGAGUAUCCCCCAGAGAUCCCAGCUGCCAUUUUCGAUCACCUUCUCCUUCAACAACCUGCCACAUUAGAGAGACUCAGACUUCUUCAACAGUAUGUUGCUACUCGCACCCGCAAUGCUCGCUCGGGCUGCUCUAUCUUCUCAGAUAGUGCAGACGUAGAUGCAUUCGCAGUUCGUUACUAUCACCAAUCUGAGGAGCUGCAGUCGUGCAAGCAGCGCAUUGAAGACGAAGCAGAUGAGGAGCGGAAAAGGCGCAUUGCAGAUUUUCGCGAUAAAAGCAACAAGUACUCGCUUUUGACCAAUGAACUCGACGCUCUCACGUGCGACGCUUACAUAGAUUGGCGAGGUCGGACGCAACAUAAAGCUAAUUGCUGUUGGUGCAAAAAGUCGCUGGAGAGGGCUAACCUUUCUAUCGAAGUCCAUGAAUGGCCACUUCCUGAAUGCGAUAAUGAUGCAGCGAUUCAACUCAAGUUGCAAAGCAGCACAUGCUGCUCACGCAUUAUCAACCACUCUCACACCAUCACACCGAGCACCCUGGCCAACGCAUUACGUUCGGGCUCAGAGACAAAGUCCUCCCUAGCCACUCUCAAGUCCUUUCCAUGCACUGAAAGCGACAUCAUCGUCAAAAAUGAGCUGCAUUUCCGCAUCUAUGAUACGACCAAACGUGUUUGGGCCUCAAGUUCCAAUCGAGAGUAUAAUGUGUCUAAUCUUUGCACGUACGCACUACCGGAAGGUCCAUAUCACGGACUGCAAUGUUACCUUUCGGGUACCCAGCACACUUCCAAUGAGGUCUUGGCCAAUCAGGCUGCAUGUCAUGCCGAGUUGACGCUUCACGAAUUCAUCGCUUUUGGUAGCCUCCGUAGUGGCAGCCUCCUGCAAUGGAUCAACGUUAUUCGUGAAUUGAGAGCACGCACGCUCACGUUUCGCGAUCCCGCAGUCCAUUUGCUACUACUCCAGGCUAGUUUGGAGGUGGGAGAGCUUUCAGCCGAUGGGUCUAGGGUAUGGCAUGAUGAACUGAAAGUCUCGAACUUUGGGCACACCCUGAUCAAUGAGCUCCAGAGCUUAAAAGUAAGCGUGGAAGCCAAUUGGCUGGAGGGCACAACAAUGGCAACGAUCUCUGCCCUGGUGUCCCGCCUUCUCUCCUCAGCGGAGGAUUUCGACGUCAUUGAGCGAUCAUACAAGUUACUGCGAGCUGUCCGGAGUACCACUUUCAAAUGGGUGCAAGAGCUAUCCAAAGCUCUCCAAGAAGCUCCAGACGAAGAAUCUAGUCGUGAACGCCAAGCUCGCGUUCGUGACAUGGCAGUGAUCUGUCGCAGCACCUAUGAUGUUGGCCCAGACAAUAUCACGGCACUCCUUGAAUCACCACAGGACUUGGAGAUAUUGGUAUACUGUUCCGUUACAGUGAAGGAUAACGUGCCUCUAGAUCUAGGUCUACACACUCUCCCGCCUAUUUCAAGGUUACUUCUUGACCGCAACCGUCGGUUGUCACACUUUUUAGUGACCCAUUUCCGAUGCCAUGUAGAAGACGACCAAGAAGGUCUUGAUCGGGCUAUGAAACAUCUUUGGUCUGCAUACCGGCGCCACACACGCUGGACACUUGAAUCUCCAAACUCUCAGUGGCUUAGAUGCGAAACAGCGCCAUCUGAUGAUCCAUCCCGCCAAAUCAUACACCUCGAUAUGUUGACGGCUCGCCUAUUGGUCGAUGGCAAGCCGCUAACCAGGCUGCCGGAUUACAUUCAGCAGCAUCCUAGUUGCAUCUUACUCUUCUGUCAUCAAGUGCUUGAUGUUUUCCCCUCCAAGAUUCCGGGCGUAGAAUUUGUUACCAAGACCAAGAUACAUGGCUUUCAAAUAUUUUUCGGGAUGCGCAACGGGGACGUUGUCAUUCAGUCACAAUGUGAGAAUGGGAACCUCCUUGAGCUAAUACCUCGAAAAAAGCUUCUGCCAGACAUCCCGGUAUCACUGGUCAAAGAUCACGUGCACUGGCUUGACUUGACCACUCGUACGAUCGAAUUUCGUCCAGUGAAGGCAAUGUGGAAACCGUCCGACAAUAACUGGGUGUUGCAAUACACGAAAGGCGGGCAGUCGGUCGCACAACGGGGCCAAUCAACUCUUUUUGAUAUUCACAGCCCCGCUUUCCAUAUGAUAGCAAAGAUACUGAGCCCCAUGGAAAACUCUGAAUACCUGAUUGUCACUGGCAGCGCGGACGCAGGCCAGACUGUAGUCAAGGUCGAUCUCCCUCGGUUUGGACUCUCUUUCUUUAUUGAUAGGGAUGGAGAGUUACAUUCGCGCGACCAGAGGGGCAUGGUUGUCGACAAAGAUCAGUCCACUGGCACAAUGCUUGGACUUGUUAACCAGCUUGUUCUGCGUCCCAAAGAUCGACACACUUUCAGCGAUCGCCGCGUCAUCAUCCCACAAGGCAACGUUGUAGUAAAGCACGACGGUCACCAUGUGCAGGUCACCAUCCAGCCCAAUCCUAAUCAUGUCCGCCAUCACUAUCAUUGUUACACCGUUGACAUGGAACUCUGCCGUCUGACGGGAAACGUUGGUCUCACGAACAAACUUUACAAGGCAUACUUACACGCUGUGUGUAGCGCCCAUGUUCCAGAUCCAUUGACUAAACGCACCGGUGUAGAAGAAGCCAUGGUUUUGCUGCAAUCUGCCGCAUGCUAUUCCUUCAUGAAGCUAGACCCAUUUGAUUGCAAGCUUCUGGUUCUGAUAAGCUCCUUAACUGUUCAUCGGACAUGGUAUACCGGUCACAAGAGCUCACAGAAGGUCCGCUGGCAACAUGACUUAUCCUCUUAUAUCCAAAGUUGCGCAUUCUACCAUGCUGCCAGGAACAUAGUCCAAUAUGCACAGAAGCUGCAGGUGCUUAGCGAAACACCAGUCACAGUUUGUCCAAGCUUUCCAGUACGCGACGAGUCUCUCUUGGAACGUGCCUCUCAGUUGUCCAUUGUCCUUUACUCCUGUGAUCUAGUCAACUCCUUCUAUCCCAGCGAAUCGUCGAGCAGUGAUUAUACUUCCAGGGAUGUUUUCUGCAGCUCAAUAGGCGACCAAAAGGCAUUUGAUUGUGCUUGCAUGGUGCGCGACUGGAGUAUCACGCUCAAGCCUUGUCAGGCGCUCUACGGUAUCUUCGUUCAGUGGAAUGAAGUUUCUGGCAAAACACAAGACGUAACCCUUCAAUAUGGUCGAGAAUGGUUGAAGCCUGACUUGGCUAAGAGAUGGAUGACCGUCAUAGAACUUUGCCGCCAUGCAGAUCGGGAGACUCACACAUUCCAACUCACUUUCACAUUAUCGGCCAUGACCUACUGCUCCCCCAAGAAUAUGGGACUCGCCGCGACCAUAUUCGCGUUUGCAGCUAUCCCUAAGCUCCGAGCCAUUCGUUCCCCCGACUACGAUAUAUAUGACCUUUCGUUUGGGAUCCAACCCCUUGAACAGGAUUUAUGCCGUCACAUUUCUUUCUAUACUUCUUUCCCCAAUAGUCCCGAGGCGUCGUGGUCUAGUUACAAUGGCGAGUCACCCCGCGACUUUAAUAAUCGGCGACAAAAGCACUUCCAAUCCGAGUGUCUACGUGAACAGAAAGCGGCGGUCACUAUAUUUCUUGAAUGUUGGCCUUGUCGUUCUGUCCCUGCACGCGCUUUGCAGUGUCUGAGCGGCUCCCGAUACAACAAAUCCACCCUUAGCAUCAUCCUCGAAAAAAAUUACUCAAACUGCUAUCGCAACUGGUGUCUGAAGACGUAUCUGGAUCGUGUACAAGAUGUGCUUGAUGAAGCGAGGCAGACUUCAACACCAUCCAUCAAGCAUCCAUACACAUUCAUCCCGAGCAAUUCAGAUAUUAUAUCAUUCAACACCGCGAUCCUCACCAAACACUUGUUCAGAAAGCCUCCGCCCCUUAUCACAUUACUUCCUGACCCACUCAAGCAAAUUCAAGUGUCACCGAGCAACAGAAUCUCUGGCGGUGGGCUUGAUUCGUCUCCACUGAAGGAUGUCAUCUCAAACUUCAAGUUUUCGCGGCGUCGGUCGGACCAGUUCGGUCUCCAGUAUGCUGCACAUCUAGAAGACAGUAGGAUUUAUCUAGAGAAUGAACAAUCACCCAUCACACCGCACCCAACUUGCUGGACAGUCGACAUAUUGCAACAUCAUCAUACGCGGUGCAAUAGGCUUUAUAAUAGCACCUUUCACAAAUUGGAAGAGCAUCUAGCUCCUUCGGGUUUGGCGGAGGAGAGUUUAUCCAAUUCUGGGCAAUGGCCUCGCAUUACAGUCACCUUUUUACUCGGCCUUCUCGCUUCCACGUCAAAAACGCCUCUUUGCAACUCUUGGAAAGCCUCUUUGACCAAUUUCGCACAUAUCCUUCUUCGAUUACAAAGAUCACAGCGACUUCUGAAGCUGAAGUUGGCAGCCAAUGGGGACAAUGAGGAAUUCCUGAAGGAGCUGAUGAAUGACGGUCACCUAGGAUUGGAUGGCACACAGGAAUACGUAGACUGGCUUCUAAUUCAGGCAGAGAACCGAUUUCUGAUCCGUCCUACACAAGCUAGCGUUGCAAUGGAGAUGAUUUCCCCAAGUUCUGGCAAGAAUACUGCUCUGCAGCUUCAUAUGGGGGAAGGAAAGUCUUCCGUGAUCGUACCUAUCUGUUGCACUGCACUAGCAGAUAGCAACAACUUGGUGCGGGUCGUCGUGCUAAAGCCUUUGGCUGUGCAAAUGUUUCAGCUGCUCGUGGAACGGCUCAGCGGCCUUACCAACAGGCGAAUUUUCCACCUACCAUUCUCGCGCUCCUUGCGCAUCACUUCCAGCAUCCAGUCAUUCUUUGAAGAGUGCAAAGACGUUCGUGGUAUCCUUGUUGCUCUACCAGACCACAUCCUCUCUUUCAAGAUGAUGGCCGUGGAGCAGCAGCUUUCCCGUGCGAACACAGUUGAACCAGGUCAAUCGGUGGCUAUGCCCCUGUUGAAUAGCCAGCGAUGGCUUGAUACACACACUCGUGACAUAUUGGACGAGAGUGAUGAACUGCUGCAUGUUCGCUUUCAACUUGUCUACACUAUGGGCGAUCAACAGCGUUUGGAAGGUUAUCCUGAACGAUGGACCACGACACAGCAGGUGAUGACCCUUGUGGCACAACAUGCUUGCCUCCUUCACCAAGAAUUUCCUUUUGGAGUAGAGUUCCACCCAGGCGCUAUCGGAACCUUCUCACAUCUCAGAGUCUUGGAUAUUGACGCAGGCAAAAGGCUGGUCAAGCUGGUUUCUGACGACAUCCUUGCCGGCAAACUUCAAAAUUUCGCAUUCGAACAUGUGCCAUCUCAUAUCAAAGACUCCAUCCGCGAGUAUCUUACCCAGUUCACUAUUGAACCGCAGCUCCUUCACGAAGUCCGCAGCUAUUGUGCUGGGUCCAGUAUGUGGAAUGGACUACUGCUCAUUCGAGGACUACUCGCACACGGUGUACUGAUAUACACGCUGAAAGAGCGGCGAUGGCGCGUAGAUUACGGUCUGGAUCCUCGACGCACGAUGCUCGCCGUGCCAUACCGAGCCAAGGAUGUUCCCUCAUCUAGGGCAGAAUUUGGACAUCCAGACAUCGCAGUCGCAUUCACAUGUCUUUCGUACUACUAUGGAGGCCUCACUGAGAAACAGGUGGCCUUCUGCUUCCGGCAGCUACUCAAGCAAGACAAUCCCACAUUGGAAUAUGAGACAUGGAUUGAGGGGUUGUCUUUAGACUCGCUUCCAGAAAAUCUGCGACACCUCAGUGGAAUCAACAUGGAAUCUACUGAACAGUUCACUGCCUGUUUGGUACCUAUCUUCGGACGCAACAAGGCUGUCAUAGACUUCUUCUUGGCUCAGAUCACCUUUCCACAGGAAGCGAAAGAGUUUCCCAACAAGUUAUCUUGUUCUGCCUGGGAUCUCGCAGAGCGAAAGUCUUCCAGAUUGCCUACCACGGGUUUCAGUGGAACAAACGACUUUCGCUACUUGCUACCCACCACUAUAACGCAGCAUCCACUAGACCACCAGCGCGGUACGAAUGCCAGAGUCCUCAGUCACCUUUUGCAGCAAGAGAAUGAUCAUUAUGAUCUGCUUACUGCCGGCGGAAACGCUGGAGAGCUCCUCAAUGUCAUCACAACGCAGUCGCCUGAAAUACGCGUCUUGCUCGACGUGGGUGCACAAGUGCUUGAGUUGCGGAAUGACGAAGUGGCGAAGAUGUGGCUGGACAUCAAUCAAGAUGCUCAAGCGGCGAUUUUUUUCGAUAGGCACGAUGAGCUCGUGGUGUGCACUCGGGAUCACGUUAUAGAACCAUUCUCUGCAUCUUCCUUUGCUCAGCAACUGGACCAGUGUGUAUUUUAUCUGGACGAUGAACACACCCGAGGAACGGACUUGAAGUUGCCUCGUGGAUUCCGCGCAGCUGUCACGUUAGGCCCAAAGGUCACCAAGGAUCGCCUUGUCCAAGGUUGCAUGCGUAUGAGAAAGCUCGGCCACGGUCACACAGUCAUGUUUUUCGCACCUCCAGAAAUAGAUCGCAGCAUCCGAGCCGUAAACAACAAGCCCGAUGAUGAAGACAUUCAUGUGUCGGAUAUCCUCGUGUGGGCAAUGACUGAAACGUGCUCAGACAUUCAGCAUCGUGCUUCACAAUGGCUUCAGCAUGGAGUGGAUUACCAGUCUCGCCACAGUGCAUGGUCGUCGUUCUUAUCUAGCGAUACUACGCCCACUGAACUCGCCCGUUCAUGGCUACAGCCAGAGGCCAAGCACUUGGAAGAGCUAUACACUCCAGCUUUGACGGACACACCUGCUUUACAAACAUCGCUAGAUGAAGAGCUUCUGGAGAUAUGCAGUAACCUUGGUUUGGACAUUUCGCCUGACAACCGCCUGGACGAAGAGCAAGAGAGAGAAGUGGUACAUGAGAUUGAGCGCGAGCGCGAGGUGGAGAGACCGCCAAAAGUGUCGGCUGCCACCCAUCGCAUCGACGAGGACGUCCGGUACUUCAUCCGAACAGGCUGCAUUCCGGAUGGAUCCCGUGUGUUCACUGCUGUUUUCGACACCCUCACCACAACUGCGGCUGCUUUCUCGGGGAGUCAGCCAUGGUCACGGGACGUGUUUGCCUCGAGGGAUUUCGCCACAACGGUUUUGGCCAGAGACAAAACGGACAGCUAUAUCCGCCCAGUCAACUGGAUUCUUUCGAGUAAUACGGUAUCCAACGUGCCAGUGCUAGUCGUCGUCAGCCCCUUCGAGGUUAACGUUUUAUUAUCUGAAAUUAGGGCAAGUAAGCAAGUUCACUUGCACGCUUAUACACCUCGCGUCAUCAAGAUGAUGAAGUCAUGUGAUGACCUGCGCCUCUAUAUCACACCAUCACUCCCCGCGCGAUGGAUGCCACAUGACACCCUCAUCCGCCAGCUCAACGUCUUUGCUGGACAAUUAUACUUUCCUCAUCAGCGCGCAUACGUGAAGCUGUGUCGUUUCUUGGGGGUUUAUACCGCAGAUAUCGAGGACCAGGGUACAUUUGAGAUUCAAAGCGAUGGAUUCAUCAGACCGGAGCAUCGGCCUCCUAUUGCGAAUGUCCCCAACAGCUUCCAACAAUCGCCUAUCCUUAUGUUGAAGGCUCUUUUCAGUAUCCGUCGCAAAGGAAUGGGGUACUUGCCUACGCACAUCGGGAAGCUAUUGGUUGCUCGACGGUUGACAGGCGCGGACUUCGAAGACGCAGCUCGAUCAGUAAGUUAGAGUUCUUCUAUUGCUUACGUUUCAUUGACAGUGAUCCCGUUCAGUGAUUGAGGAUGUGAUACUGUUGUUCGUCAUAUUCACCAUCUUCUUGCAGGUCUUUCAAAAUACACAUACCCUCCAUGCAAUGCCACAUCAAUCACAGGCAUGAACUUGAAUUUGCUAGUCGCUCGAUCAAUAUACCAUAUUAUAACUCGUUUAGAUUUUGUGCAGUAUUCAGUUAGAAGUUAACAUUGUUUCUAGUACGAGCAAGCCAGUGCCA